GCCCUCACUUUUUCCCAUUUUAUCAUGUCCACUUUGAUCCUUUACAAAUCCCUCAACUCCUUUGCUAUAGCUCAUAUGAAUGGGAUGUCUACGGAUGUGUUUGAACCUUUGGAGAGUCUUUGGUGGAUGAUUUUGACUAUUCUUGGCAUUGGGGCACUGUUGUCACUCAUGGCCCAUACCAAGAAGACGGUUCCCGAGUCUCCUCCACCUAUGGGCUCUAGUUCCCGUAAGAGGACCAGAGAGGGUCCUAGCUCCCAAGAUAGGGAGGAGAGGUGA